CAAUUUCUGCGUCUACUGUCUAUGCACACAGAUUAUCUAUGUAUCAACCUAACUGUGAGAGUUGACGAGAAAUAAAGUCACGUUUAUAGUUUUCUGUGAAACCUUUAUUAUUUUGUGAUUUUAAGUUGUGUUCCAAAGUGUGAUAGAAGAUAAUUAUAUCUGCUCAUCAGCAUAGCUGUAAAUCCUUCCUUCUGACGCCGACGUGUUCUUACAAGCAUUUUGUUUGAGAGAUUUCUCGGGAGAAUUUCCGGUACAUACUAAGGAUGGGAAAAGAAAAGAAAGCGGACACAGAGAAAUCUGCAAAUGGCGACAGUGUGGACGACGAAACCAAAAAGAAGAAGAAAAGUAAGAAGCACAAGAAACACAAACGUACUUCAGAAGAGUCUGGAGAAAAGACGCAUAAAAAGAAAAAGAAAUCUAAGAAAGAAAAACAUAGAAGCCCAAAAGAAGAGAGUGAGACGUCGUUGUCAGACGUUGAGGAGCUAAUAAAAAAGGGACGACAUCAACUCAAGAGACCCAAUCUCAUUGUAACGACAAAAACAAAAAAUGGAGACGCUUCAGGCAAAGGUUUAUUCCAUGGCAAAUCAUACGUACGUAAGGUGGAAAAACAAGAGACUUUAGAAAUAUUAUCUUCUAACUCUGAGACUGAAAACUACCAAGAAGACUGCGAAAGUCCUGAGCUGAUGCUAAUAGAAGACGAUUUGAACCUCGAGGACUUAAUGAAGCAAAAAGAAUUACUUCAAGCCCGCCUCAUUGCUUAUUAUUCCGAAAAGAGUGAUGAAGAACCUACAAAAGAAGACAAAUUUAGUGAAGUCAUAUGUAUAAAUGACGAUACAAGAUCACCUAUCGUUAAGAAAUCGAAAAAAGAAAAAGAUCACGAGCACAAAAGAAGCAGUAAACAUAAAUCUAGUAAAGAUCACUCAUCAGAAAGAGAAAAACAUAAGCCUAAAAGACAAGAAGAGGAUUUACGAGAAAUUAUCAACAGAGAAAGUAGAAAAGAAAUGGAACGUCGAUUGGAAGAAAGAGAGGGUAGAGAGAGAAAAGAAAAGGAACGUCGAAAGUUAGAAGAGAAAGAACGAGAACGAAGAAGAGAACGUGAAAGAGAAAGAGAAAUUAGGGAACGGGAGCGAGAACGCGAACGGGAAAAGGAGCGCCGGUCAAUAGAAGCUCGGCGAAGGGGAGAACGGGAACUUUUAAGAAUAACACGACGGUCGCGAGAUAGAUCGCCGCAAGCUACGCGAAGAGAUCAGCGGACUGGUGACCGUGAGCGACGAUCUCGGGAACGUAAUCUCGAUAGGCGAGACAAAUACUCGCGGUCGGAUGUACGGGGCUCCAAGGGCAUCGUCGACGAAGUAACACAGAUUGUCCCAAGUUCAAGCGAUGAAGAACUCAACAUAUCAAUUAACACAGAUGAUGAUGAGGAAACUGAGGAGCAAAUUAUCGAAAGGAGGCGGAAACAAAGAGAACAGCUUAUGAAGCGGCUUGGUAGCGACACCGCUACGAGUAAACCUGAAGAAGCAACAAGAAAAUCUUUAUCACCGAAAGAUACGAAAAAUAGCGGAAGAGUUGUAACGGAAACAGCAGAGGUCCGAGUUUUGAAAGAAAAUGAAACCAAAGACAAGAAAACGGUCAAAGAAAGUAAAUCAGAAAAGGUCAACAGUGACUUUAUACGAAAUACACAUGAAACCAAAUCCGAUUCCAAGUUGGAUAAGUCCAUGAAGAGUGGAGAAUGGGACAUGUUUGCUGACCAGGAUAACUUUGAUAGUGUUGAUACACCAACUGCAGGUAAACCGAAAAACAAAAACACAGCAGAAAAUCCAUCGUUGACGGACAAUUGGGACGACGCUGAAGGCUAUUACAGAGUACGUAUCGGUGAGAUGCUGGAUAAUCGUUACACCGUGUACGGAUACACUGGACAAGGCGUGUUCUCAAACGUAGUGCGCGCCAGAGACCAGGCACGCAACAACACUGAUGUGGCCGUUAAAAUUAUCAGGAAUAAUGAGAUUAUGCACAAGACAGGCCUUCGAGAGUUGGAGAUCCUCAAACGUCUCAACGAUGCCGACCCCGAAGACAAAUUCCACUGCCUCCGCUUAUUCCGUCACUUUUUCCACAAAAGACAUUUGUGUAUGGUAAUGGAGCCUCUCUCCAUGAACCUUAGAGAGGUUCUGAAAAAGUACGGCAAGAAUAGCGGUAUACAUAUCAAAGCAGUACGCAGUUACACACAACAGAUGCUUUUAGCUCUAAAAUUAUUAAAGAAAACAGGAAUUUUGCAUGCAGAUAUCAAACCUGAUAAUAUUCUUGUUAAUGAAAAUAAACUAAUGUUGAAGCUAUGUGACUUUGGAGCGGCCGGGCACGUGUCCGACAAUGAAAUUACUCCUUACUUGGUAUCACGAUUCUACAGAUCACCGGAAAUCAUUCUUGGUGUCUCAUAUGACCAUGGAAUCGAUAUGUGGUCAACAGCAUGCACAGUGUAUGAACUUUCUACAGGAAAAAUAAUGUUCAGCGGCAAAUCAAAUAAUGAAAUGUUAAAAUAUUUUAUGGAUCUGAAGGGGAAAAUACCAAACAAGAUCAUUAAGAAAGGAUACUUUAAAGAACAACAUUUUGAUGCUAAUUGCAACUUUUUAUAUCACGAAUUAGAUAAGAUUACAGAGAGGGAAAAGAUCGUAAUAAUAUCAAGUAUAAAACCAACGAGGGAUUUGCAAACUGAGCUCGCCCCGCCACAUCACAGACUUCCUGCACCAGAAGCUAAAAAGAUCACACAGCUUAAAGAUCUUUUAGAACGUAUGCUCAUGUUGGACCCAGCCAAACGAGCUUCCGUCAACCAUUGCCUGGCUCACCCUUUCAUACAAGAAAAAAUCUAAAUAAGAUGUCCAGUAACUAUAGAACAUGUUAAAAAACCUUGUCUUAUUCGUAGGGUACGACUUGAUACUGAAAUUAGUGUUGUAAGGAUGUAAUCCUGUUUAUGUAUUAAGUAUUUGAGGAUUCAUAAACUUCAUUAUCAUAUUUAAUUUAGUUAAUGUUGUAAGAUUCGUAUUUUUUGCAAUAGUUUUUUUUUGUCUUUAUUCUCCUUACCCUUUUUUCGUGUUUGACAAGGUUUUUUAGC